AUGUUAAAGUACUCGAUUCAACGAAGACUCGUCUCUACAUUUUACGAACUAUUCCCCAAGACCUUCCCCAAGAAACUGCCAAUUUGGACCAUAGAUCAAUCCAAAUUAAGGAAGGAAUACAGGCAGUUGCAAGCACAACACCACCCGGACAUGGCUCAGCAAGGUAGCGAGCAGUCUUCCACGCUUAACCAGGCCUACCAUACACUCAAGGACCCCCUCAGAAGGUCGCAAUACAUGCUCAAACUCUUGCGCAACAUCGAUUUGACACAAGAGCAGACCUCACAUGAAGUGACCAAGAGUGAUCCGCAGCUCUUGUUGGAAGUGCUAGACGUUCAUGACGAGUUGUCCCAGAUGAACGACGAGGCUGGCGUGAAGCAGCUGGCACAGGAAAACAAACAGAGGAUUCAGGAUAUUGAAACACGAUUGGAGCAAUGCUACCGUGACAAGAAUUACGCUGCUGCAGUGAAAUUGACCGUGGAGCUGAAAUACUGGUCCAACUUGGCAAAGGCCUUCAAGGACUGGGUACCAGGACAACCAUUAGAAUUGAAUCAUUAG